GUAUACUUUAUGGGUUAAUAAUAUGGAGUUUAAUUUCAUGAAUGAAAUGAUGAAGAUGCGACAAUUGGAUUUGACAAAUAAACAUUGCUUCAUCGUUUAAAAACAUCUUCCCUCACCGCAAAAGGACACAACCAUGGCGUUAUCCACUACCUUAUCUCUUCACGGCGCCGGUGCCGGAACCUUGUUUGGCGCUGAGCUCCGGCAAUUGGGUCACGAUUAUUUCGGAGUUUUCAAAAGACCCAGAAAACAAAUUUUCUGCUCAUGCUGGAAUGGGUCUCCAUUUCCUUACCGAAACUGCCUUUGGAGGGUACCCUCUGUCAAUAACUUCCAUUUGAAGUCAAUGGAGUCCUCGCCAUUGUUCGCCGUCGGAGGAGAAGCUGAAGAUGGCUUUUUAUCGAAUAUGAAUGAUGAAACCGAUGACAUGUAUGAUGAAUUGUUCAAGAAAUAUGGGAAUGUGGUAUUCAAGAGCAAUGACCAAAAGCCUCCCAGUGCAGAAAUUGACGAUGACUCGGAAAGCCUUUCAUUUGCUGUAUCAAUGGCGAAGGUUGCAAGUGAUGUAAAGGCUGCAGAUAUCCGGGUUCUAUUUGUGAAACCUCUAGUUUAUUGGACAAGAUUUUUCAUCAUUGCAACAGCAUUUUCUCGCCCUCAGAUCGAUGCUAUUGGAUCCCGAAUAAGAGAUCUUGCCGAGAAGAAGUAUGGAAGAAGUCCUUCUGGUGAUGUGAAGCCAAAUUCCUGGACUUUGUUGGAUUUUGGAGAUGUGGUUAUCCAUAUUUUUCUACCCCAGCAGAGGGCAUUCUAUAACUUGGAAGAGUUCUAUGGCAAUGCAACUCCCGUGGAGCUACCGUUCGAAAACCAACGGCCGUUUUGAAGUAAAAACCGCAGCGGAUUUCCCGCCGAGCAGCUGAUGGUGAAGGAAAAAUGCAGUUUGUUGGCAGCUGGUGAGGCAGAUUGCUUAUGUUUGUUGUGUCCUCUCAUGAAAACAGCUACCAUGUGAAGUGUUGCAGAAGCAGCUGCAUGAGUUGGGAGUUCCAACUUCUGACUGCUUGAGGUUGAAGACAGAAUCACUUGGCAGAUGGUGGUAUUAUUGAGAGCCCUAUCCCAAACUUUCUUCUGUCUCCUAACUCUCCCUUUCUCUUUCUCUUUCUCUUUCUCUCUCUUAUGAAUCACUGGUUUGAUUUGAGAUAGUUUUUAAGUAAAGUUAGUUGUUAUGAAUCUAGUUGGUUAGAAGGGGCCCUAUUACUUACACCAAUGAAUUAAGAUUCCAUUACUAAUUGGAGAAAACUUGUAGGAGAAUUAAAAUGAAUUUGGUUUGGUCAAGUAUUGUAUUCGAAUUUCUUGUAUAUUAAGGAUAUCAGAGAAUCUCCAUCUCAUACUAUUGUAUUCAAUAUUCAUAUUGUUCUCAUGGUUGAAGUGAGAAUUGAUUUUUAAUU